CUGCGCCAGGAGUUCAGAGAGCUGGAGUUGCUGGAUGAAAUCACCAAGCUGCACUACCUCGGCAAGAUCUCACCCAAAGUGAGAGGCAUUACUCACAAUGGGCUUGUUCAUUCAUUCAGAAAAUGGAAGGGAGAGCAGUUCAUGCCAAAGACAAUGCACAGGGCCCUGAAAUGGAAUGUUGGUGAUACAUUCCCCAUGGAAGAUGUGCAGGCAGAUGAUGCUCCAUGGCCGAUGGUCGAGAAGGCAAAGCCUAAAGACAAGAAGCAGCCCAAGCCAGAUGCACCUGAUCAGCCAAAGAAGACAGCUGGAUAUGUUGCAGCCCAGGGCACACAAGCUUUGACAGUUGUGAGCAAUACAGUGGACAAGAAGUCGGUGAAGCGUAAGCGAGAGGAUGACUGUGAUGCAGUGGGUGCCAAGAAACCUCGUGGUGAACAGGUGCAUGCUGCGGUCAAUUUCAUUGGGUUCAAGUGGGACAAUGCCAACUACAGCUGUGCUUAUGACAGUCUUCUGACUAUUUUGCUGUCAGUCUACCCAGAGUGUAAGCAACAGUGGCAGACAAUGGUACCUGAGCAGAAU